AUUGAGACAUGUUUGGACAAGAAACAUUAAAAAACUUUUAAAGAGCUGUGACAUUUCUGCUGUCAAUGUUUCAUUUAUAAAAAGACAGUAGAAAAAAUAAAAUAUUUUUUCGGGAUAUGAAUGCCGAGGUAGUGACCGUGUCCCCAGCAAACGACAACGUGCCGGCGUUGAAUCGACACAUGGCUGAAUCGUCCAUUCAAACGGCCACAUCGUCCAAGAAUAACACGCUCGACGACUGUGACAGUCAACAAUUGAUGUCGUUGUGGCGGCCGAUCAUGUGCCGGACGAGUCAAAUGUUCCCGCCACCUCCACCGCCUACAAGGACCUCAUCAUCGGUCGCAACGGACCUGUCCGCGUUGGCGGGCACCAUGUAUUUCCAGCAGGCCAGCCAAUCUGUUGGUAGCAACAGUGGCGAUAUUGCAAAAACGCCUCAUCAAAACAACAACAACAGUAAAAGCUGUUUGCAUCCGAACAACAACAACAACAAGAUCGACUCUCAUCAAAUGGCUCAUCCCGUCAGCAUUGCAUCACCCACAACUAUCGGCAAAUCGAUUCCAGUGCACUGCGUGGUGAUGAACACGACGACGCCGUGUUAUUUGGCCGAUGCGGCCAUGAUUUCGACGCCUAGCGCAAGUGGUGGAAUCGAAGGCGGAGCUACGACUCCAACCAAAGCGACGUGCAACAGUGGCCAUCAAGCGGAGGAAUCGGUCGAUGUCGACAGUUACGCCAUCAUUCCGGCAUCGACGUUAUUCAAUCAAAUCGUCCCCGUUGUCCUCCGUAAACUCGGAUACACUGAAGACGUCAUCUUUAAUGCAACCGGUUGGCUGAUGAUGAAAAAUUGGCGUCCCUUAAGUUUGACUCAAAUCGCCAGCAGCGAAAGGGAAACUGUUGGCGGAGUCCUUGGCGAAUUGACCACCGUUGCCACACUCCGCAUUUACGUCAGAAGGAAUUACAGCAGCAAUGCGAGCAACCACCAAUCAGAGAUGAAGAACAAAGUGUUGAGGUGGUUAAUGACUCAGAGCCAACAUUUAAUCAACAAUACCCGUUUCCCUUUAGACGAGAAAUGGCAACAAAAAGUGAUGAGAGGAGAACGACCAGCAACGCCAUCUGCCGAUGCUCGUCGACAGUUUGACGUUUGGUUCCAACAGGAAAUGCUCCGUCCUAGCCCUCCAACACCGACGCAACAACAACAACAACAACAGCAUUUGAUGAUGACUCGAUCUAGUAACGAUAAAAUGAAUCAUCAACAACGUCACAGUCCGAGCAGCAACAACGAUCAACCACCUGGAUCAGAGAAUAACAAUAAUGUCUGCAUGUCGACUGGUCUUCAUUCGUCAUCGUCUUCGUCUCAAUUAUCUCGAGAUGUGUCGGCCGUUGCCUCGUCGGCGGCCGCUCCUCGCGUCCGCAUGAGGACCACCUUCGACCCGGAACAAGAAUUGCCGCGUCUCCAGCGCUGGUUUGCCGAGAAUCAACACCCGACUCGCUUCCAGUUGCAACUCUACGUCCAGGAGCUGAACGAACUGGAAUCGAGGCGUGGACGCAAACCGCUGGAUGUUAGCAAUUUGGUGUAUUGGUUCAAAAACGCACGUGCCGCGUUUAAACGGGCGGAAGUGCGAGGCGGAAAUCAUCAUUUGACUGGCGGAAGAGAAUCCAAUGGAUCUUGGAUGACAACGGGCCAUGCGAUGCGUGAAGGGAUGCAUCUUUCCGCAUCCGGCCGCUUGGCUGGCGAAGACGAAGAGGAGGAAGAAAGUUCUGAUGGGGAUCGCCAUCGCCGACGCCGACGCCAUCACCGCAUGAUGGCCGAGGAAGAGGAUCCCAUCGACGACGACGAAGAAGACAUGGACGAAGAGGAUGAAGACGAGGACGCCAAUUCAUCAGUUUCUGAUCGCUCUAGGCGAAGCUUCUCUUCGACGCAUCCAUCGUCGGUCCUUCCGCUGAAAUUGGAGCCGUUGGAUCUGAACCGCAGCAGCAGCUGCGACGAGCGGGACACGAAAACUCAUCACGAAAACAACACGGACGAGCCGGAACAACAAGCGGUGGAUGCCGUCAUUCAGCCGCCUGGCCUUCCGCUCAACGGAGUCGACGACGGUGCUGAUUUGGACGACGACGAUGACAUUGGAUCUCAAGCGUCGGGUGAAUCCGAUUCCGAACUGGAAGAUUACGCUGAAAAUCUGUCGCUAUCCAAACACCCGUCGGACGCAAUGGCCGAUGGAAGCCAUCACAAUCACAAGAAGGUGGAUCCGCUUCUUCAACACAACACGAGCGGUUCGUCGAGCAGCCAAGAUUACGCGGCCGCUGCGGCGUCUGGAACAGGAUCGAGCGGCGGCUAUUCGGGAUUUUCAGGCAUUGGAUCUUCGUUGUUGCACCAUCAGUCGGCGGCCGCAGCGGCUGCAGCCGCCGCCGCCGCCGCUGGAUUGGCUCAUCACCUGCAUCACCAUCAGUCGUCGUCGUCGUCUUCAUCGCGCGGAGGCAUCGGCAUCGAUCCGUUGAGUCUGACCUCGUCGUCUGGCGUGGGCAAUUGCAGCGACGACCGUCGUAAACGCAACCGGACCUUCAUCGAUCCCGUGACGGAAGUGCCCCGUCUGGAGCACUGGUUCUCGUUGAACACGCAUCCGUCUCACUCUCUGGUGUUGCGCUACACGGAAGAACUCAACCGGCAGCCCUACCGGCUCAAAUUCCCCAAAUUGGAGCCGAAAAAUGUCCAAUUUUGGUUCAAGAACCGUCGCGCCAAAUGCAAACGGCUCAAACUUUCGCUCUGAUCCACCUGUCAACUAAUUGGACUCGUUUUUUUUUCUUAUUAUUCGUUGAAAAUUGUAAUCGAUUGACUUUUUGAUA